GCAAGCUGCAUUCUGCGCUUACACAGUAUGGCCGGCGAUAUUAGCUAGCAUUCGCCUACGGUAUUCUCUGUAAAAGGGGAAGACGGCAAAAAUCAAGGCAACUACACCUGGACUGCUCAAGGACUUUAACUAAAAUAAUAAAUUAUAACUACCGAUAACGGAUUAAUAUCAAUUGUAAUUCCAUCCGACGCUAUAAUUUCUGUUGUUGGAGUCUGUUUGUCUCACGAUGGAAGAAAGCAGUGCACACUUCUUCGAGGGGACCGAGAAGCUGUUGGAGGUGUGGUUCUCCCGACAAGACGAAGCCAAAGGAACCGGGGAUCUGCGCACUAUCCCCAGAUUUGAAUGGGACAAGCUUCUGGAGAAUGUGCAUUGUUUGAUUAUAAGUGUGACAAAGACUGACAAGCAGGAAGCUUAUAUACUCAGUGAGAGUAGCAUGUUUGUCUCCAAGAGACGUUUCAUUUUGAAGACAUGCGGAACAACCCUCUUACUGCAGGCACUGGUGCCUCUGCUGGAACUGGCCCGCGAGUACUGCGGCUUUGAUGCCAUCGAGAAUUUCUUCUACUCGCGUAAAAAUUUCAUGAAGCCCACCCAUCAAGAGUUCCCUCACCGUAACUUCCAGGAGGAGGUCGAGUUCCUCAGCGAGAUUUUUCCAAAUGGAGCAGCCUACUGUAUGGGACGCCUGAACUCUGACUGCUGGUACUUGUUUACUCUGGAGCAGCCUGAAUUCUGGGAAAAUAAACAGGCGGACCAGACACUAGAAGUUCUGAUGAGUGAUCUCGACCCAGCUGUGAUGGACCAGUUCUUUAUGAAAGAUGGUGUUUCUGCUAAUGAUGUCACUCGUAUGAGUGGAAUUUGUGACCUGAUUCCAGGUUCAGUGAUUGAUGCCACGCUGUUCAACCCGUGUGGAUACUCGAUGAACGGAAUGAAGACUGAUGGAACUUAUUGGACGAUUCACAUCACCCCCGAACCAGAGUUCUCUUACGUCAGCUUUGAAACCAACCUCUCCCAGACAUCCUACGACGAGCUCAUCCGCAAGGUGGUGGAUGUCUUCAAACCAGGGAAAUUCGUGACUACGCUUUUCGUCAAUCAGAGCUCCAAAUGUCGCAGCGUUUUCUCUUCGGCUCAGAAGCUGGAGGGUUACCGUCUGCUCGACCGCCAGCUCGCUCACUUCAACGAUUACAACUUCCUCUUCACCAGUUACGCCAAGAACCGCCAGCAGAACCAACAGAUGUGAACCUCCCCGAUGAAGAAGCGUAAGAAGAAACCUCGCCGCCGUCAGGAACUUCUCGUCGGGCGUCGCGGUCUCAUCAUAGCGGGGAGGCGGAUCUUGUCUCCUGUCCUUAGAUCUUCCCUGAGUUUAACCCGUAUGCAUUCUCGUAACUGUAACGUAGAUCUCGUGCAUGAAAGCUCCUCUCGUGUCUUCUCGUGUGUUCUAGCUCAUUCUUGCUGUGAUCUUGAAGUGCACGUAGAGUUACCGAACGCACCGGCGAGCGUGAGGCAUGUCACGCCGUCGCGGCGCGUGCAACGUUCUCUUCCCUUCCUGCAAGCGUCCCCUCGCAUCCCUCACAGACAAGGCUUCAGGCCUCACUAGACGAGGACCCUGACAUGCUCACAUCUCGACCCGUGUGCUCCUUUAGACCAAAACAAGUGCUGUCGCUUUUGUUAACACAGUUUUGUACGUUUUCUCAGCGUUUCAUUUACUUUAAUGUAGGGCUGUUCAACGAUUAAUCACGAUUAAUCGCAUGCAGAAUUAAACUGUGUAUGCGUUUAAUUAUAUAAAUGUAUACGUGCAAAUAUUUCCUAAAUGUAUAUAUGUGUGUGUACGUGUUUAUAAAUACAAAAUAAAUAUGCACAUACAUAUAUUAUGUUAACACAAACUUUUAUUCUGGAUGCGAUUAAUCGCGAUUAUUCGUUAAACUGUAUUUUUUUUAAAUGAAUUAAAUUGAAUAACUUAAUUCCUUUAGAUCGCUCAUCUGUGUAAAGCAAACCGUCUUAAAAAAGGAUCACUAACAAAUAAUAUGCAUAGCUUUAUCUGAGUUACAUCAUCCUUCCAGAUAGACGUCAUUAUUUUAGAGGCUAGAGAACAGUUUAUUUACUCGACGCUUAGAUUAUUUACAUUUAUUGUUUCAAUUUGGCAAAGAAAGUCGGAACAUGAGAUUUUGAGAAGAAAACCGUUGCAAAACCCAAAUUUGGCUUUUAUUAUUUCAGUCAUUGGUUAGUGGAACACAUCAGUCAUUUUUCUAUGAAACAAUACGUUUCUAUGAACGUCAUUUAGUUUUGGUCACGCUGGAUCAGAAACUAUAUUUCUUGUUCAUCUGCUUUCCGCACCGUCAUUCACAUGACAACUGAAUGUUUGAAAAGUUGAGUAACGUAACCGUUUCGUGUCUUCAUCGUUGUCAGUUGAAAUCUCGCAAUACAUCCCACGAAGCUGAAAACACUCCUGUCGUCUUCCUUCUGUAAAUAAAUUAGCCUUUGUUGCAUGAAGAGGAAUGUAUAAAAAUAAAACACGUGGACGACAUGAAGGACCCCGGGCUGUCCGGCACAGAGCCUGUUCAACACCCGGCGCUGAAGUAAAACCGUCAGAGCGACACUUUCAGUGUGCCCAUCGCACAGCCAAGCGUUUCUUUUUUCAACAAAACGACUUGUCUGUCUUUUUCUCUAGCGGGAAGCACACAAUGGGCUGGCUUCUGGAUCUGAGCAUGUCGGGGUCAAACCGGAUCAUUCCACGCCACUGCAGAAACGUGCAGUUUUAUCAAACAAAUCUUUACUGCAGCGCGUGUGUCCAAAACCUCAUUCCACCUCUACGAAAUACUGUUGGUUUUUUUAAUAAACCCUCUUUUUGUAUCGAGGGAAAGUUUUGAUUGAAGUUUUUGUUAUGUUGCAUGCCACUGGCGUGUAGCGGGACGUUUCUGUGCGUCAUACAUGUUCAUACACUGUAAUGUUUUGAGUUGGAGUCUGAAUCUGAGGAUUCCGUUUAUUUCUCACUGCUGAUGUUGUGAAGAUGAUGCUGUCAUUUCUCCUUUAUAGCAGAAAUCUUCCACUACAGGCCGUUGAGAGAGAGAGGUGGUGAAAGUCAUUUCUAUGGGUUUUUCCUGACCGGACGAUCGUGUUGUAUUUCACAUGAGUUUGGAGAAAUAACAGCAUCACGUGUCACAUCUGUGUCUUUGUUUCGUUAAGGAAAGGGAGCGGGCAGUUGUGAGUCUUUAUACACGGGGUGGGCAGUAAUGGUGCGGACCAAGUUUUAUAAAGCGCUCCUUUUCUGAGCGUGUUCUGAAGUGGCGAGUGACUUGUGCUGGUGUGUGAAGGAUUCGUCACGUUUGGAAGGGAAAACUUUGCUGUCCUGAUUCUCUUGCUAUUUCCAUGGUUGGUCAAGAUGUGCUAAAUAUAUCUGUACUAAGAGCCUGAUGCUUUCAAUAAAGUAAAUCACUAUCAAAUGUG